UUGACGUCGCGGCCUCGCCGUCAUCGACUGAAUGGCGAAUGUUGUGGAAAACGUCAAAAGCGUGAAUCGUACAUUGCUCCAUCUCAUCGCUGUGUAAUAUUGUGUUUUUUAAACGUUCGAAUCUUCAGUUAUUUCACAAUUUCGCCCACGGUCAGGCCCCGAAAGGUAAUUUCCCAAGCAGCCGUGUCGCGUCGGAAUUUCGUGACCAAAGUGCCAAAAGGUUCUGCUCGCGAAAUCAUCGCACUGUUUCCAACUUUUUUGCUCCAAGCUGGCGACAAGUACUGCUGUCAUUCUUGUAAUCUGUGCUGUUUGAAAAGGAAGAAGAACGACGAAAACGACGACGACGAUCGGGACGUGAUUAGCUGUGUAAACAAAGCGACGGAAGGGCGCGACUCGGCCGCACUGUUGACCACCGGCACCGUUGUCACCAUUCCCAACCAUGACGGACUCGUUCUUCGGCUUCGACACCUCGCUCCCGGUGGAGGAUGACGGAGGCGGAGGAAUUGGCGGAACGCUGGACGACUCCGAGGAGGAGUACGAUGCGCUCAAUGAUGAGACAUUUGGGCUGGCCGCGCGGGAGGGCGAUUGGGAGGGACUGCACGAGGAUUUGGUUCGGCUGGACCAGCGGGAAGGAGGCGAUGGAGAUUCCGGGCCGGAUUCCGAUUUGGACAUCAACUUUUCCAGUGUGAGGAUCGAUAAUCUGGAGAUGAACGAUGACAACGAGUCGGAGGCGCGUUUGCAGUUGGAUCCGAGUGUGUGGACAAUGCCAAGUAAGCCGGCGACACCGAGGCCGGUACCGGUGGCCAAUGCCCCUAGAUUGGCAGGGCCUGCUUCGAUGCCCUUUCCUGGGUUUCCCGCAAAUUUUGCGGUACCGAAUCCUGCCCAGAUGCGAAUUUGUUCGGUGGAGGAAAUCGAACAAAAUAUGAUCAAACAACAAGCUCAGCAAUUGCAGCAACAUCCGCUGAUACCGCAGCGUCCUCCUCCACAGCAGCAUGAAACCCUACAACAACAAUACCAUCAAAAUCUAGGGCUUGCCCGUCCGCCACCAGGCUUCCCUGCAGCAGCUGCGAUGAUGAGCCAACCACCACUAACGAUUCCGGUGAAUUUCCCACCACCGUUGAACAUGGGACCUCCACCGCCUCUCCACCUUCUGCAGACGAAUAUCCCUCCUCCAGGAAACGGCCAUCCGUUGUUUCCGCUGAACGUGCCUCCUCCGAACUUCCAGGAGCAGCAGAACCAUGCAAACUUCAACCAACGUUUAGUGCAGGAAAUUCAGCAAAACCAUCCUUUGCUGAACCAGCAUCGUCACCAUCAACAGCAACACCAGCAAAAUCGCUACCAGCAGCACAAUAAUCGCCAGAAUUACCACCAACAACAACACCAGAAUCGGCACCAAAACGGGAAGAUCAACCGAUCGGGUGAGUAUGAUGAGUACGCUAAUCUGAUGAGCGAACGUGACAAGCAGUGGCUGUUGGGAAUCCAGCUGUCUCAGCUGAACAAGGACACUCCGUAUUUCAACGAUUACUAUUUCUGCGUGUUCCGCGAUCGGAAGGAACGUCAAAAGGGAGAUAAUGAACGUGAAAGCAAGGCGCACAAGGACAAUACAUUCUAUCAUCCCUUCACGCAGCAGAUGCUUCAACGCAAUGGGCUUAUCGGCCGAGAAAGACGAAAUUCGGAGAAAAGCCAGGAGAUCAAGGAAGUUCCGGCCAGGAAUUACACUCCACUUCAAUUCGAGAACUCUCUGGGCAAGCUUCAAUGCGGUAGUGUGACUGCUCCAAGGAAAAUCAUCGAUCAGGACGUGGUAGCCGAAACGUCCACGAAUACAGGGACGGCGGUCUCUUCGGAAGUUCUGUCCCAGCGGAAGUCCAGACAGAUUUUAUUGCAUGUUGAAAGUCUGUACAAGAUUACACUGAAGAUGGAGGACUUGAGCAACCCCUUGGCGAUCGAAGCCAAGCAGUUGCUGAAGGAGAAGAAGGAACGUGAGCGAGUGAUGGCUUUGGAAAGGGGACAACAGGUUGACGAGCAGAAUAACGUCACCAUCAAUGGAAUCGAUGGAUCGCAAGACGCGCAAGAAGAUACCUUCGAUUCAAUGUUGGAAAAACUUUUGCCUGGUCUAUCUCCAGAAGGAGUUUUGAUGACUCUGUCCGUAAGAAAAGGAAAACUUCUAUUGAAACGCAUUCAAGCGAUUGUUAAGGAUCGUCCAUUCCGGUGGAUUCUAUGGUGUACAAUUUUAACUUCUUUGCCGCUGCUUCCGAAGCGGGACCGUGACGAUCCGGAAGGCCUCUUGAGCCCCCUUUUCGCCCAACUGGAAAGCCAUGUAAAAUACUCAACUAUCCAGGACUUGCUUCCGCUGUUAGACACGUUUCUAAACUCGGACAAACUGCUACCCCUGGUGCCCAAGUGUAAAUUCCUCCUGACUACCGUGUUGACCCUGAUCGAUCGCCUGGAACAGUUCCACACUGCUCCGGCCCUGAAUCUGCCCGCCGAAGCGACCGAACGGUGGAAGACAUUCCUGAAGGAACUGUCCAAAGCCGUCGGCGGAGUCGGCAUGGGACCGCAGAAGGUUCUGCUCAAACUGGACUCCAACUGCAAGAUUAUCCGAACUCUGCGGGAUCACUUUCAACGGUAUCCAGCGCUGGAGCUGGAACUAAAGCUUCUGGCGCUCAUUUCGGUCGAGGACAAAAAGUAAGACGCGGAUGGAUGGACCUGCAUGAUAGGUAUGAAUUAACUAGCUUCUUUUCGUUUCAUUACAAUUAUAAACGUGUAAAAAUUUCAAAAGUUUCCCGUUACUUAUUAGAACGGAUGGGCAAAAGUGUUUUGCAAGGAAAAAUGUGUGUAGAACUGAAAAUAGUGAUUUUCAAAGUUUAGGUAGUAAAUAAUCAUUUUUAACGUGGAAACAUUAUUAAAGGAUGUUAGCACGAUGGAGCAGGCAAGUUAUUAGAUCAAAAACCUUUUUUUUUUCUAUUUUUUACAUAUAUAAUACAGUUAUGUAUUCCCUUUUUGUGACUUUAGUUUCUUUCGUUUAUUUUAAUCCAUAUAAUACCUUUUAAAUACUGUAUAAGCAUAUCCAAUAACUAUCAUUAAAGUGAAUUCUGAAAGGA